AUGCCGUCAACGAAAGUCGCAUACGAUGCUCGCGCAGCCAACAGAAAGCGCCAAACGCACACAGCCGAGCGUCGACGACAACCCAAAAGACCAACACAGAUCCUCGACAUCAAUGUCUGGGGAAGCGGUGAAAACUGCGAGCUGGGCCUCGGCACCCGCAUCACCGGGGCCCCGAGACCUCGUGCGCAAACGUCUCUUCGGCCCUUCGAUAUUGUCCAGAUAUCUGCCGGCGGCAUGCAUUGCGCUGCCUUGACCAACAACGGCGAGGUCCUGACGUGGGGUGUCAACGACGACGGGGCACUGGGUCGAGUGAAGCCUCCAGAUGCACCGGAGGAAGGUCCCCAAGACAUGCUGGAUCCAUUUGAGAGCACACCUGGGUUAGUGCUAUUCAAAUACGACGUCGAUAUAGUCCAAGUCGCGACAACCAACAGUGCGUGCUUCACUCUCACAGCUCAGGGAAAUGUAUACGGCUGGGGUAGUUUUGCUGCAGGAGACGGCAACUUUGGCUUUCUUUACGAUAAGCCGCCUCAGACCAUCGAGCCUGAGCCCGUGCUCAUUCCCGGCCUUGAGAACAUCGUGGAACUAGCCGGCGGUGCGAACCACGUCCUGGCUCUCACCAAAGACGGCGAUGUCUUUGCCUGGGGCUCUGGCGAGCAAAACGAAUUGGGCAGACGCCUCCUGGCCCGUCGUCGCUUCGAAAGUCUCGUCCCCCAGCGCGUCGGCUUGCCCAGACACCGGACGGUCAAGGUGUUUGCGGGAUCGCACCACAGCUUCGCCAUUGACGUCCACGGCAAAGUUUGGGCCUUUGGACUGAACAACUUUGGCCAGUGCGGGAUCCCAACGCGCGAGGACACUGGCUUCACGACAAUCAUAACGCCAACAAUUGUCAAAAGCCUCGAGAAGCACUCUAUUCACCACAUGGCAUGUGGUCUUCACCAUUCCAUUGCUUGCACCGACAAAGGGGAAGUUUUGGUCUGGGGUCGGUGCGAUGAUGGACAAAUGGGCAUCGAUCUGAACAUCGUACCCCACGAUGACAUCAUCUUGGACUCGAGAGUGCAGAGCGCCGUGUUUGUGGCGGCAGGGAUCGACAAUUGCUUCGCAGUUUCUCGACAUGGCGAAGUGCUUGCUUGGGGAUUCUCGGCCAGUUAUAAUACCGGACUCGGGACCACUGAUACUGUAGGGGAACCGACCGAAAUACGUCGCAGCGGUGCCCUCACGUUCGUCGAUGCGGGCGGCCAAUUCGGGGUCUCAGCAGGGCCGCGGUUGCGUUGA